UGAGAGACAUAGCAGGCUACUGCUUCUGCGUGGAUGCUAGUUAGGUCUGCCAGAACGCUAACUUCGGAAGUCUUGUUUUAAAACUUAAAGGGAACAACCAGUUUUGUACUGGUAUUUGUCAAUAUUUACAGGGGAAUUUGUUCUGCUCUCGGAGAAAAUGGAGGCAGAAGAAAAUUCAGAUAUCAGAUCAACGCCAGCGUUGAAAAACCAAGAUUUUGGUUUCCUUCAGUCAAACGUUGCUGUGAUCUUGGCAGAUUAUGGCUGGUAUCUUCUAUGCUUGUGCAUUGGAGUUUACGUGGUGCUUCAACACUUGCAAAAGAAGAGGCCUCGUCAGGACCAAAGUUCUACCGAAGAAAAAGAUUCCGUAUCUGUAGUGAGGCGUCAAGAGGCAAUGGAGGCCGCAAGGAAAAAGAUGCAAGAGGAGUUAGAUGCGAAAGCUGCUCUUUUCCUGGAAAGACAACACGAGCUUGAAGAGGAGAAGAGGCAACAGAAGAUCGAGAAGUGGGAGAGUAUGAAAGAAGGAAAGAGUUUCAAAGGAAGUUCCAGGAACACACAGCAGAAUUCUGAUGAAGCCAGUUCAUCAACAGUGCUGAAGCCAAAGUCUGAUAAAAAGUCUCUGCGCAGUACUGAUUAUAAUCCCCUGAGUGGUGGUGGAGGUGGGGGCAGUUGUGCUUGGAGACCAGGAAGAAGAGGUCCAUCAUCAGGCGGAUGAGGUUAAACUUCGUCAGAGGGAAGACACCUUCCUCCUCUGACGUUUUAAAUGUAGGACUGCCAAACUGUUGACUGAGUGAAGCUGUCGCCUCCCACAAUGUUCCAGGCCUAUUGCUCCAAAUCGUAUAGCCUCUCUCUGUUUCUCAUGGUUGAUUUACGGAAAUUCAUGACUUUAACAAGUGCGUCGUCUCCGCUUGCUUUUUAGUAUUCUACUAAAAAGUGUCCAAACCAUUUGCAUUGGCACCGAGGCAGCCUUUUCCAACAGUCUCGUCCCACCCAACAUUGCCUGUUUUCUUUUCCAGCAUUAUGUUUGACCAUUGGUAUGAUCAUGAACUUCAUUUUACCGUUUCAUCUGACAGGGUCACAAAUUUUGUGUUCUGCCGUACCACUCAUGUAGAAACAUAUUGUAAUCUUUAGAGGAACGUAAUGUUUCGACCAGGCAAGAUCAGAGGGAUAUUCUAUGAAGCAAGAUUAGUGGUGGGAAGAGCUUAAAGCCAGUUGUGUGUUCUAAUGUGACAAACAGAGGUAAGCGUAACAAGGCAAUUUCCUCAAAUGUUCACCUCUGCAUGUCAAAUGAAUGCACCUCUGGCUUUUGGCUGUUUCGUAGUAUACCCCUCUGAUAUCUGAAAUCGGUUCAUGUUCCUUAUAGAGGCUCUCUCUCUGUCACCAUAUUGCAUCUUUAUUAAAUUUGAAUGUAUAUCAAUGCAGUUUAGUACUAGAACAGCACUGUAGUCUGUGUCCGUAUUUGGAAACUGUGAUUGUUACAUCAUCAGUUAAUCAGUUUAUUACUUUACUGGACGACUAGCCAUUUUUACUGCAGUAUGGCAUUGUGAGGUGGACAGCUUUUAAAUGACGCCUACCUUGUAAAUGGCAGACAUGCCACUGGGGACGGCUGAAAAUCAGUCAAUGGGUGUGCACAUUUUUUUUAUUCAUUGUAGUUGAAACGUUGCACUACAAAAACAGUAAGACUUAGUUUGCUUUCAAAUGCUGUAUCAAUAAAUUUGACAUCUAUUUGACACCAAUCUAACAGUACAACCAUUUAAUAUAUGUUAUGUUACAGAAUUUGUAUUGCCUAAAUGUUUCAGUUCUUCCAAAUGGUUACCUUUCAUGAUUUGUUUGCACGCAACUAGUUUCACAAUAAAAAUCCUUCAAAUAA